GUCGCCUCAGGUCAGGCGUCCAGCUUUCGUUGUUGCCAUCGAUCGAGGUCGGAUUUUCUUUUCUGAUCUGUGCGAUCCUGUUUGGUUGCGUCACUUUGCGAUGCGGCCAUGGCUAGAAUAACACCCUUACGCAUACUGUUGCUGUCACCGUUAUUCUAUUUGGGUCUAAUACUGCUGUGGGUCGGUUUACCUUCACCUAACGCUUCAUGGAGCGAUGAGGCAUCUGGACAUUUAUGGCGAGGAGGUAGUGUGACGCGUGUUUAUGAUAUCGAUGACUUCUUCUCCUGGAAUGACCCGCUUCCUUCUGUUCACGACGCGAGAGGUACGGGCCGUCGCUCUUUCGCUGUUGAGUACAGCUACGCCCGUGGGACGAGCCAAUUCUUUGUCGGCAGUGGGCGCAGUGCGCACUCAUUCAACUUGACUGCCUUGUUGUCCUCAUCAUCUUCUGUAUCGAUCUUGGAAGUGUUCACCGUGCGUUGCAAGACUGGGGACGAGGAUGGGAUAGAUCUGCCCUGGUUCACGCAGGCUGAUGCUACGCUGCUUUUUUGGGAGAUUCAUCGUAACGUUGCGUAUGUGCCGCUGCGAUUGAGGGUGGUGCAACACGACGAAAAGAGGGCGGUGGAAGUGCUUGCUCAGUCUUCUGUUUUGGAGGCGAAUCAUGAUAGUCCUGAUGUGGUGCCGCUCUUGACACUCACUUUCGAUGCUGCCGUCAGUCAGCAGAAUGGCCAGGACCAGAUCGCGUUCCAUGCACACUUCCCAAAAGAUCCACGCAACUCUUCGCCAUCGAGAACUUUUGAUGUUCGCCGCGCAAUUAGCGCCAUACUGGUUCCGACAUGGUUCUUUAUCGAGGCUGUUAUGAAUGUCAUCGGUGCGCCCAUCUUCUUCAUCGUCCAAAUCAUUCUGUUCGCACUUACGUUAUUGGGAUGCUACGUUGUGCUGGUCUUGUUGGAACCGAAGCUGACUGCUAGGCCUGGUGAAGCGCAAAAGGACUCUGGCGACGAUGGCAGUGGGGAUGAGGGUGAAGAUUCUGACCGUGGACAACAAGGUCCGCAGCCAUUGACGAGCGUGUGGGCUUUUUUCCGGAGUCCAUCGCCGCUUGACGAUCUCUUCGUCACCUUUGAGAUUACGAGGGGUCUUUUGCAGCCGUUGAGCUUGACGCGCAGACAAGAACGAGUUGGAGAUGAAGAGUCUCGUUUAGAGCAUGGCUCCUCCACCGGAAUUGAGGGACGGGAUGGUGGGAAAGAGAUAUCUACGACUACGAGGACGGGUUCAGCUGACAAUGGUGAGAAGAGCUCAGGGACGUCGUUAUAA